UUUAUACUUUUUUUUUAACGUUUUCAAACUGUAGAUGCUGGAAUCGGUGUAUAAAAAAAUCUGUGUAUAAGAAGGGCCGACUGUAUUAAUAGCAGUUUGUUAAAACAACCUUCCCUUCCCAUCCCCUGUCAAAAGACAGUGUUUUAGUUGUUGCAUAUCAAUGCUGAUAUAGAAGGAAUAACAGCUAAAGAUUGUAUCAUCCUUGAUAUGAAAUGAAUAAAAGACAGGCUGACUUUUGUCAGUUUAGCCUAUUCCUAAGAAUAUGUCAGAACCUAAGGAGCAAUUUUCACUCUUAAGAAGUGGUUUUCUUACAUGCCUAGUGUUCUUUUUUCUUUAUUUGUUUAAUAACUAUACAAUAGUGCAAUUUUUAAAAUAAGACUUGUCAAAAUGUGUUUGUUUUCUACAUAUACAGGCACUGUGUGGUUUUUGUAUGGGUUGAGUCUCCCUUAUCCAAAAUGCUUGGAACCAGAAGUGGUUUGGAUUUUUGAUUUUUUCAGGUUUUAUAUUUGCUGUAUAUAAGUAAGAUGAUAUUUAGUUUCUUUUUAUGUGUUAACUUGUAUUGUAUAUCUUUGCAUUAUGGUGUGUUACAGCUAUUUUGAUUUUCACUGUGACAUUUUAAUAUUUUUUUCAUGCGGGUAAAGCAGACGGCCAUGAAGGAACAGGUAGAGGCCACUCCAGCCAUGGUUGGCUGCAAUUGGCCCAGGACCACAACAACUGCAUGGCCUGCUCUCAAAGUGGGCUGCUGCCACAGUCCCAAAACCAGCCACUGGCAGGAGCGGCUUUUUGCCACUCCUUUUUCCUUUUCAGGCCACCUUUAGCAGACUCAGAGCAGCUUAUGAACAUCAUGACCCUGAAGCAGUCAGAAGCUGCUUCUUUCGGCUCAUCUAUUUUGGGCCUUAGUUAACAAAAUUUGAACAUGUUAUUCAUUUGCAGUUUCGUUCACUAGAUACAUCCCAAUUUUGUAUGAUGAUUUGAAGGGCAGGAUGGUAACCUCUAAUUCUAAUUAGUCCUCCAGAUAUGCCUUAGAAUUAGAAUUCUAAGUCUAGUUUUCCAGCCACACACAUAAUUCGGUAUAGGCUGAGUUGCAUUGCUGCCAUUCCCACCACAAACUACAUUGUUACCUACUGGUGAGAAGGGGAUCUGAUCUGCAUUGAAAGAGAUGGUGAGAAGAAGAGGUCACAAAUUCCCCACUCCUGAUACUCAGUGUGAAAUGUGGAAGCCAUGAAAUGUAAAGUCAAUCCUACCAAGGGAGUCUUGAACUGAAGGUUAAAAAAAUCUUCCAGACCCACCUCCACCGGCUCAGGAAGGAAAGCUGAUAAGCAGCAAAUUGGUUGAGAUAUGAAAAGAAUUUCCCAUCUUGUCUCUGAAGCUCGUAAUCAGUUGCAGAGGGAGCAGAGCCGGGAGGGUGAAUCACCAGCAAGAGCCAAUAAAACGCUCAUUGAGGCAGGCACAUUGCACACAGCUGAACUCUACGAAGCAGAGUCAGGAAGAGGAGGCAGAGGAGCAAAGGCAGACAGACUGGGAGCUUUGAUAUCACCAUGAGGGAAAUUGUUCACAUUCAGGCUGGCCAGUGCGGAAACCAAAUUGGAACCAAGUUUUGGGAAGUGAUCAGCGAUGAACACGGAAUUGACCCAGCUGGAGGCUACGUUGGUGACUCACCCUUGCAGCUGGAGAGGAUCAGUGUCUACUACAAUGAAUCAUCAUCCCAAACAUACGUGCCCAGAGCGAUUUUGGUGGACUUGGAGCCUGGAACCAUGGAUAGUGUGCGAUCUGGUCCAUUUGGACAACUCUUUCGGCCUGAUAAUUUCAUAUUUGGACAAACUGGUGCUGGAAAUAACUGGGCCAAAGGACACUAUACAGAAGGAGCUGAGCUUGUAGAUUCAGUGCUUGAUAUAGUAAGAAAAGAAUGUGAACACUGCGAUUGCUUGCAGGGAUUUCAGCUCACUCAUUCUCUUGGAGGCGGCACAGGUUCUGGGAUGGGAACACUGCUCAUUAGCAAAAUCCGAGAAGAAUAUCCUGAUAGGAUAAUGAAUACUUUCAGUGUCAUGCCAUCUCCGAAAGUCUCUGACACUGUGGUGGAGCCGUAUAAUGCCACACUUUCAGUCCAUCAGCUGGUUGAGAAUACAGAUGAAACCUACUGCAUUGAUAAUGAGGCGCUGUAUGAUAUUUGCUUCCGCACUUUAAAGCUCACCACUCCAACAUACGGUGACUUGAACCACUUGGUGUCCGCUACAAUGAGUGGAGUAACUACAUCGUUGCGUUUUCCAGGCCAACUGAAUGCGGAUCUGCGCAAGCUGGCAGUAAAUAUGGUUCCGUUCCCACGUUUACACUUUUUUAUGCCAGGAUUUGCCCCAUUGACUGCCAGAGGGAGCCAGCAAUAUCGGGCCCUCACAGUCCCAGAGCUCACUCAACAGAUGUUUGAUGCCAAAAACAUGAUGGCUGCUUGCGACCCAAGACAUGGAAGGUAUCUGACAGUAGCUACAGUCUUCCGAGGUCCCAUGUCUAUGAAAGAGGUUGAUGAACAGAUGCUGGCCAUCCAAAAUAAGAACAGCAGCUAUUUUGUGGAAUGGAUCCCAAACAACGUCAAAGUGGCAGUCUGUGAUAUAGCACCCCGUGGCCUCAAGAUGGCUUCCACCUUUAUUGGCAACAGCACAGCAAUCCAAGAGCUCUUCAAAAGAAUUUCAGAGCAGUUCUCUGCCAUGUUUAGAAGAAAGGCUUUUCUUCACUGGUUUACAGGGGAAGGAAUGGAUGAGAUGGAAUUUACAGAAGCAGAAAGCAACAUGAAUGACCUUGUGUCAGAGUACCAGCAGUACCAAGAAGCCACAGCAAAUGAUGGAGAUGAGACAUUUGAAGAUGAUGAGGAAGAAAUUAAUGAAUAAGGUCAAUUCAAUCCUGUUCCAAAAAUGCUCAAGUUUGAAUAGCUAGCACUUGCUCAACAUUUUUCCAGGAUAAUAGAGUAUUUAGGGCUCCUCCCAAGGGUCUACUACUUUGGUGUGGAGGUUGUGCACUCUGUGCCACAUGUUAAUUAGAGAUUCUGCUCUGGUCCACAGUCUCUUGACUUGGGAAUUUUGGAUGAAAAUGCCAAUGCAGAUACUGGGAGACAUAUUUUUAGAAAUGUCCCUGUUUAAGAGCAGAAUGUGUGUGGGUUGUUUUUUUUUUAAAAAAGAACUAUGUUGUUUUUUCUUGAACUGUGACUUAGAAAAAAAUAAACUCAGGCUGCAGUCAUAUUUGCAGUUCCUUGAAAGUAAAGUAAUUGAUAACAAUGGAACUUGCAUCCAAGUAAACAUGUUUUAGACUUGCAGUGAAUGAAUGUUUUGAGUGCUAUUCUGUACUGAGUUGCUGGGAACAAAUUCUGUUAAUAAAAAUAAAGGAAAAAAGCAUCUC